AUGAAAGCCACCUUUUUCGUUGCCGCCGCCGUCCUCGGCCUUGCCUCUGCCGGCGAGCUCAAGAUUGACGUCACCCGCAAGGUCAAGUGCGAGCGCAAGACCAAGGCUGGGGAUUCCGUGGCCAUGCACUACAGAGGAACGCUGCAGGACACCGGCAAGCAGUUUGAUGCCAGCUACGACCGCGGCCAGCCCUUCCGCUUCAACCUUGGCAGCGGCCAGGUCAUCAAGGGUUGGGACCAGGGUCUCCUUGACAUGUGCAUUGGCGAGAAGCGCACCCUGACCAUUCCCCCUGAGUUUGGCUACGGCGAGCGUGGCAUUGGCCCCAUCCCCGGCGGCGCCACUCUCGUCUUCGAGACUGAGCUCCUCUCCAUUGAUGGUGUUGAGACUCCCGAGAAGAUUGAGGAAGUCGAGGACGAGGCUAAGGAGGCCGAGGAUGUUCCCGCCGAGGAGACCAAGGAGGAGGAAGAGGGCAAGUCUGAGCUGUAA